AUGCCGCCACGAACAUCGUUAACAUCAUCCUUUUCAAUCACGGACGCCAACAAUGAGGUCGUCUGCCCGCUCCGCAAUCAAGAUGGUUCGAGCUGUCGCAAGAGAUGCAUCGGCGAGAAACGGUACCGCUCAAUGCAGGAGCACAUCCGCCGAGCUCACCCUGAGCACUAUAUUCCCAAGCUUCCUGCAACCGAAGAAAGCUUCCUUCUCAUGAUCAAUUCACCGCCCUCCGAACGUCGACCUGAUCAAGGUCCUACCUCAACUCCGCAGAGUUUGUUUCCCGCUACCCAUCCAAACUUCCAGCUAGCCAGUCGCAAGUUGCUAACACCUGGCGUGCGCAAAGGCGCUCAUGACCGACGAAAUUACUAUCGGGAUGGCUCCAGCAAUCCUGGCACGCCUCGCCACAGCGAUGAAUAUACGACAAGUGGUGUAGGCCCUAUGCUUGGGACUGCAAGUGCUGCUGCGGCUCUUGCCGAGCUCCACGGCAUCAAGUCGGAGAGGGAGAUUGAUAUGGACGGUUAUUAUUCCGACUCCGAUGGCCGCCGCAUUCCGCGGACGUCAAUUGAGUUACCACCUCUCCAUCUGUCCAACAACGACAUCACAAGCGAUCCGUAUGGCUCCAGCAUAAAUCGGCAGCGCGAGAUACUGCCAUCGUUACUUGCCAAUUCCCCUCCCGGUCGAUCAUCUACGCUUCCCCCCCUCCAGAGACCGCUGGGGCCCAAUCGUCCCCGAAAGCAAUCCAUAACGAAACGUGGGCGUGAGCCCGGUCAUAAAAAGAAGAAUUCGCGCGGGUCUACUGCGGAUUGGCUCCGACGCUUCCAAAACGAGGAUCGAUUUCGGCCAGCCAAUGACCGCAAAGCCUUAUCAGCAGAGCCCUCGGCGGACUUUGGUAAACGAUGGGAAGACCUCAUAGACGCUGCAGACCAAGCUGCGUCUGCGGCCGGUGACUUGGAUGAGGAAAGAACUCCGGUGCCGCAGUCCCCGGUCUCUAUUCAUCGAGCCUCUCUACCACCUUUCUCACAGCACCAGUUUCAACCUGGGAGCUACCAAGCAUCUCCAUUACAGCAAGCCUUGACACCACCGUCAUAUAAUCAAGACAGUAUCGACCCAUUCCCGUCCGUUGAGAGUGGCGAGAGUGGAGAGAAUUUCCACAUUGGAUCUCGCGGCCUGUCAGACUCUUCGCCAACGUAUUCCUCGUCGCAAAACACACAGAUCUACUGUGCGGCUUGUCAAAGUGUAUCCCUGCUGAAGAGCUCCUACGCCUGUACUGAAUGCAUUUGUGGUUUAUGCCAGACAUGUGUUGAGGUGCUCAUGGCAGAACACGGAGCCCGGAGGAAAUGCCCACGCUGUGCUACCAUCGGCGGCCGGUUCAAGCCCUUCCAGCUCGACAUCAGAUGA